AUGUCCAACGAGAUCGUGGGGUGCCGGCUGAUGUGGGAGCCCGACAGCAAGAGGAACACGCAGAUGGACCGCUUCCGGGCGGCCGUGGGCGCCUCCUGCGGCCUGGCGCUGGGGAGUUACCACGACCUGUACCAGUGGUCCGUGGAGUCCUACGCGGACUUCUGGGCCGAGUUCUGGAAGUUCAGCGGCAUCGUGUCCUCGCGGAUGUACGACCAGGUGGUGGACCCCUCCAAGGGGGUGGCGGACGUCCCCGAGUGGUUCGCCGGCAGCCGGCUCAACUACGCCGAGAACCUGCUGCGGCACCAGCACAACGACAAGGUGGCCCUCUACCUGGCCAGGGAGGGCCGCGAGGAGGUCGGGAAGGUGACCUUCCAGGAGCUGCGGCAGCAGGUGGCGCUGCUGGCGGCCGCCAUGCGGAGGAUGGGCGUGCGGAGAGGGGACCGCGUGGUGGGCUACCUCCCCAAUGGGGAGCACGCGGUGGAGGCCAUGCUGGCCGCUGCGAGCAUCGGCGCCAUCUGGAGCUCCACAUCCCCCGACUUCGGGGUGAACGGUGUCCUGGACCGGUUCUCCCAGAUCCAGCCCAAGCUCCUCUUCUCCGUGGAGGCCGUGGUGUACAACGGCCGGACGCACGGCCACCUGGACAAGCUGCAGCGCGUGGUGAAGGGGCUGCCGGACCUGCAGAAGGUGGUGGUGAUCCCUUACGUGGCGCCCCGCGGGGAGGUGGACCUCUCCCAGAUCCCCCACAGCGAGUUCCUGGAGGACUUCCUGGCGGCCGGGCGGGGGGACCAGGCGCCGCAGCUGGAGUUCGAGCAGCUGCCCUUCAGCCACCCGCUGUUCAUCAUGUUCUCCUCCGGCACCACCGGCGCGCCCAAGUGCAAUGGUGCACUCGGCCGGGGGCACCCUCAUCCAGCACCUGAAGGAGCACAUGCUGCAACGGCGACAUGGACAGCAGCGACAUCCUCCUCUACUACACCACGGUGGGCUGGAUGA